GCGGAGCAGAUCAAAUUUCGUUUCUUAACUGCAGCUAAGGAGAAGGCUGGCUUGGUCUCUCAACAGGGUGAAGCAGACACAGCAGCACUUGCGUUUCCUGCCUCGUGGCAUGAGAAAAUGAGCUCUUCCAAGCAACUCGGCCCAGCAGCGAGUGAUGCCGAAGCUCCUCGGCAGAGCCCAGAAGGCACAGCCGCCCUGACGCAGCCCCUCAGCCAGAGGCCGGCCAGCCGAGACUCCAACGGGGGCCUUUGCCCAACUCCUGAGAGGAAGAAGGAGUCCGAGGGUCACCAAAGCACCAUCUCGAGAUGCUCCGAUAAUGUGGCAGAAAGCAACCCAAACAAAGUUGAGAAACCUCUGGAGAACUUCGUUUGUGACUCAUCGUCCACCUCGGACAACUCUUCCAUUCGUCCUGGUGAUGGAGAGGAAACAUCAGUGUCCCACAUGAAACGAUUACCUUUGUCCCAGGGACCUAGCGACUCCGACAGAAGCUCUGGCCAAGACGUCGAUCUAUUGUUGGAAUUUCAGUUCAUUUCUUGGACGGAGGUGUACAAUCAGUAUUUGGAGAGAAGCAUCGAAGCCCUGUAUGCUGUCGCAGACGUUCUGCAGCAGUACGGCCUAACCCGGAAUUACCCCAGAUGCAUGCCUGGAUUAAUUCGGUGUGUGGCUGCUGUUCGGAGCUGCCACUGCCGAGAUCCUACCGCUAUCCUCGCGUGUCUGGAACGCCACUCACUCUUUCCCAAGGCGCAAAUCUGCAUCGCCAAGAAUCUUCCGGAUUUGGAGAGUCGCAAAGAGAAAGCGGCCUACGUUCGGGCAGUGAUGGCGGCCCUUGUGCUCUUCGCUGGAGGUGUUGGCGAUAUUCGGGAGCUGGUGGGCUGCCUCCAAAGGCCCCCCUCUCCCAUGUCGCUGAUGGACAUCAAUGAAAUGUUGUACUGCACGGCCACCCUCCUUUACGCCAUGCGAGGGAAUGGGAUCGAGAUCAGCAACAGGUUUUAUUACAAUGUUUAUUAUUAUUUGCAUACCUUGGAGAAUUCGCCCCGCAGGGACAUCAACCCUGAAUUACAGGAUUGUAGGACUGACUUACAACCUACCAGAGAACAACAACAGAUCUUGAACCACGCCUUUAAAACACCUGGAGAGAGGGUAAAAAUUGUGGCUUUUGCAGGCACUGGGAAAACGUACACACUGAUCCAGUACACCAAGAAAUGUUACGGAAGGGAACUUGAACUGUUCCCGCUGACGUCCUAUGUGGCCAGCUUUCUCCAAACCAAUCGCCAGGAAAAGUCUCCGUUCAUAGCCAAGAUGAUUGUUCAGACCCUCGCUGCGUUUUACGCUUCGGCGGAUGACUCUAUCACUGCGGACCACACGCCCAAAUGGUUCAAGAACAACCCUGGGAAAUACAAAAAGUAUGGAUGUGAUGCUCAGGUGCUAUGUCAGAUCGUUGUGGAAGAAGCAAAAGAAAUAUGGAGCGAGAUGCAGACGAGUUUUCGCUUUGGCUUCGAAAUCGCUUACGUUGGCGCGACCAUUCUGGACGUCUCCCAGGGAGUCCGGAAGAAAACGCUGGUGGGGAACAAGCAGGAAAGUGACGUCAGUGGGGUCGGCGUGGAGGGGAAGGUGGCCCACUUAUCCCGGACCAACAAAACUGUCUUUGAGGAUGCUGUGAAACUUACCCGUGGAGACGCACCUGCUAAGAUACACUUGCUCGGGGGACUCGAAGCCUUUGGCCUUGACCAGAUUCGUGAUAUCUGGGCGCUUCUUCACGAACGGAAACUCGAGAUACAGGAUCCCUUCAUCCAAAGCUGGGAAGGCUUCGCCCUCUUCAAGAGCUAUGCGAAAGAAGCAGAAGACGAAGAACUAAAAUCAAAAAUUGCCAUUGUGGAGAAAACUCCGGGUUCUAUUCCGGAUCUGUUGGACAAAAUAUCCCAGCACCAUGUCUCGGCUCCAGAAGAGGCAGGGCACCACUCAGUGCUCAAGAGUUCAGAUGUGGGUUUGGAGCAGAUCUGCUCAAAGAAAUAA